CUGGUGACGUCCUGCUGCAUCCUGGGAAUCACACACCCGGCUGUUGGUGCACGGUGCGCCACACACUGCUGCUCGGACCGGAGGCUGAGAGCAGACCAUGACUGUGGAGCCGCCGGAUCACUACGAGCCCCAGAUAAAAUAGAUCCGAUCAUAAUCUUUAGAAUAACACAACAUGGCUGUCAUUUCCAGGCGGGUAAAGAGGAGGAGGAGGAGGAGGUGAAGGCGUAGGAGGAGGAGGAGGCUCAGGAUAAGACGCGCUUUUCUCUGAAGGUAGAGAAGGAGGAGGAGGCUCUCUCUCUUCUUCUAGGAGGAUAAAAAGAGGAAAAGGGGGAAAUCAAGUUAUUUUUACGCGGAGCAACAUGAGCGUCGGGCCGGAUGACAGCUCGGUGCGCGUCGCCCUGAGGAUCCGUCCUCAGCUGGCCAAAGAAAAGAUCGAGGGAUGCCACAUCUGUACAUACGUGAUGCCUGGCGAGCCCCAGGUGGUGCUGGGUAAGGAUAAGGCCUUCACCUAUGACUAUGUCUUUGACAUGGAGACCCAGCAGGAUGCCAUCUACACCCACUGCACAGAGAGCCUCAUCGACGGUUGCUUAGAGGGCUACAAUGCCACUAUCUUUGCUUACGGACAGACAGGUUCAGGGAAGACCUACACCAUGGGAACUGGCUUCGACGUCAACAUCGGCGAGGACGAGCUGGGUAUCAUUCCCCGGGCCGUCAACCACCUGUUCAGGGGGAUCGAGGCGCGCAGACAGGCUGCCACCGAGCAGGGCAAGCCGGUGCCCGAGUUCAAGAUCAACGCACAGUUCCUGGAGCUUUACAAUGAAGAGGUGCUGGACUUGUUUGACUCCACUCGAGACAUCGAGGCGCGGAAGCAGAGGUCCAAUAUCAAAAUCCACGAGGACGCCAACGGAGGCAUCUACACCGUUGGGGUCACGACCCGCACCGUGACCUCUGCAGCUGAGAUGAUUCAGUGUCUUAAGCUGGGCGCUCUGUCUCGCACCACUGCCAGCACCCAGAUGAACGUCCAGAGUUCACGCUCGCACGCCAUCUUCACCAUCCACCUCUGCCAAGUCCGAGUCUGCUCUCCAGAUAAUGACGAUAACGUGACAGACAAUCGUCUAGCUAACAACUCAGAGAUCAAUGAAUUUGAGACACUGACGGCCAAAUUCCACUUUGUGGACCUGGCUGGCUCAGAGAGACUGAAGAGAACCGGAGCCACAGGAGACCGAGCCAAAGAGGGCAUCUCCAUCAACUGUGGGCUGCUCGCCCUGGGAAACGUCAUCAGCGCUCUGGGAGACAGGAGUAAACGCUCCACUCAUGUGCCUUACAGAGACUCCAAACUGACACGGCUGCUACAGGACUCACUUGGUGGAAACAGUCAAACUGUGAUGAUCGCCUGUAUCAGCCCGUCUGACCGGGACUUCAUGGAAACGUUGAACACCCUGAAGUACGCCAACCGGGCACGGAACAUCAAGAACAAGGUGAUGGUGAACCAGGACCGAGCCAGCCAGCAGAUCAGCGCUCUGAGGACUGAGAUAGCCCGGCUGCAGAUGGAGCUGAUGGAGUACAAGACGGGAAAACGAAUGGUGGGUGAAGAUGGGAUGGAGGGCAUCAACGACCUGGUCCACGAGAACUCGAUGCUGCAGACAGAAAACAACCACCUGAGGGUGAGGGUGAAGGCCAUGCAGGAGACCAUCGACGCUCAGAGGGCCAGACUCACACAGAUCCUCAGUGACCACGCCAACCAGGCUCUGGCUAAAGCAGGUGAAGGUAAUGAAGAAAUCGGGAACAUGAUUCAGAAUUAUAUCAAAGAAAUUGAGGAGCUCAGAGCUAAACUUUUUGAAAGCGAGGCCGUGAACGAGAACCUCAGGAAGAGUCUGUCCAGAGCCUCCACUCGCUCCUCGCUGUUUGGUGGAGCGGGCUCCUUCUCCCCCGCCAUGCUCGCCCCCGAGAACGAGGCCAGCGAUGUCAUCACAAUGGCCAAGAAGGACUUGGAGAAGCUCAAGAAGAAGGAGAGGAAGAAGAAGAAGAGGCUGAGGCGACACGAAGAGCAUCACCGCCAAGAUGUUGAACCCACCAGCGUCAUCAAAGAAGAAGGCCCCGACAAUGAGCAGGAGCGAGGAAAUGAGGAGGCAGAGGUGGAGGGCAGCGAUCACGAAGAAGGCGAGGAGGCAGACGGAGAGGAGGAGGACUUUGAGAUGGCAGGAGAGGUGACCUCCGAUGAGUCCGACUCUGAGGAGCUGGAGGAGAAAGAAAAUGUCCAGGCCGACCUGGCCAACAUCACCUGCGAGAUCGCCAUCAAGCAAAAGCUGAUCGACGAGCUGGAGAACAGCCAGCGGCGUCUGCACACGCUCAAGCAGCAGUACGAACAGAAGCUGAUGAUGCUGCAGAACAAGAUCAGAGACACGCAGCUGGAGCGGGACAAGGUGCUGCACAACAUGGGAUCGGUGGAGUCAGGUACCGAGGAGAAGGCCAAGAAAAUCAAAACUGAGUAUGAGAAGAAGCUGAGCUCCAUGAACAAAGAGCUGCAGAAGCUCCAGUCGGCUCAGAAGGAGCACGCUCGCCUGCUAAAGAACCAGUCACAGUAUGAGAAGCAGCUCAAGAAACUGCAGCAGGAUGUGACGGAGAUGAAGAAGACCAAGGUGGUGCUGAUGCGUCAGAUGAAGGAGCAGCAGGAGAGGAACAGGGCCUCAGAGUGCAGGAGGAACAGGGAGAUCGCCUCUCUGAAGAAAGACCAGCGCAGAGCCGAGCUCCAACUGAGGCAACUGGAGGCACAGAAGAGACAACAGGAGUUGAUUUUACGCAGGAAGAACGAAGAGGUGACAGCACUCAGGCGGCAGGUGAGGCCUGUGUCUGGGAAGGUAAACAGGAAGGUGAACUUACCUGAGCCUCCGCAGGAGCCAUCACAUCGAGCCACACCGGGGAGGCUGCAGACCUCUGGAGCGUCACAAUCCAAUGGAGCCAGGAGUUCCCCAGUGCGGAUGGGAAGUAUCUACCUCAACAGGACAGCCAGGACCAAAUGGCAGUCACUGGAGAGACGUGUCAGUGACAUCAUCAUGCAGAGGAUGACCAUCUCUAACAUGGAGAUAGAUAUGAACCGCCUGCUAAAGCAACGUGAGGAGCUGACCAGACGGAGGGAGCGGGUGUCCAGAAAGAGAGAGAAGAUGGCGGUGGAUGGCGCCGAUGCUGACCGCUCCCUGGCCUCCCUGAAUGAGGAGCUGGAGUCUCUGAGCGCCAACAUCGACUACAUCAACGACAGCAUCGCCGACUGCCAGGCCAACAUCAUGCAGAUGGAGGAGGCCAAGGAGGAAGGAGAUACUGUGGACGUCACGGCUGUGAUCAGCUCCUGUAACUUAUCAGAGGCUCGCUUCCUGCUGGACCAUUUCAUGACCAUGGCCAUCAAUAAGGGUCUGCAGGCAGCUCAGAAGGAUUCCCAGCUGAAGGUCAUGGAGGGCAGGCUGAAGCAGACGGAGAUCAACAGCGCCACCCAGAACCAGCUGCUGUUCCACAUGCUAAAGGAGAAAGCUGAGAUCAACCCAGAGCUGGACGCCCUACUGGGCAGUGCUCUGCAAGAAAAUGGAGAUGACAGCAGUAGUGAUGAGUCUACACCCAGCCCAGCCGCAGAGGGCAGCUCACUUGCAACGGAUCUGAUGAAGUUAUGUGGUGAAUCCAGACCGAGGAAUAAGGCUCGCAGGCGGACCACCACGCAGAUGGAGCUGCUGUACGCCAGCAGUGGGGAUCUGUCCCGUGAAUCCCCCACCGGAGACUUCUCGGCCGCCUUGCUGCCCCUUACAGAGUGCCUGGAAGGGCCGGUGGACAUGCAGGGUCGCGCGGGCAGUCAAACUAUUGACCGCGAGCAAACCCCAUCUGCACCGUCUGCCAGGCCAGCUGGCAUAUCUGGGUCCAGGUCCCCCACAGGGACAGAGAGGAGGCAACUGGAGCGCUCGCCCCUCAACCGAAGGAAGAUGCCAGACAAAGGACUGACAGCAACACACAUCCCAGCACCUGCACACACACCUCCUGUCAGCACGGCAGAGACCAAAACCAAAGGCAGCGACUACAAGUUAUUGUUGGAUGAGUCUCCUAUAUUUGAAGGCCAUAGAGGUGUGAUCAACCCCAUGACGGCCCAUAAGAACAGCCGGGGUGCAAAACUUCAGUGUGUUUAUGUAGCUGAGGGCCACACCAAGCCUGUCCUCUGCGUGGAUGCUACUGAUGAUUUGCUCUUCACGGGAUCCAAAGACCGUACAUGUAAAGUCUGGAACUUGGUGACGGGUCAGGAGAUCAUGUCUCUUGCAGAUCAUCCCAGCAGUGUUGCCUCAGUCAGGUACUCGUCUAGUCUCGUCUUCACUGUUUCCACUGCUUACAUCAAAGUCUGGGACAUUCGGGAUUCUGCCAAGUGUAUACGCACCCUUACGUCCUCAGGCCAGGUGGGUUCAGGUGACACCUGUUCCUCAGCCAGGAGUUUAACCAUCCCACCAGGAGAGAGCCAGAUCAACCAGAUCGCUCUCAACCCGUCAGGCUCCUUCCUUUACGCUGCUGCUGGCAACUCUGUACGCAUGUGGGACCUCCGCAAGUUUGUGUCCACAGGGAAGCUGACUGGACAUUUGGGACCUGUCAUGUGUCUGACUGUUGAUAAGUUAAGUAACGGACAGGAUGUUGUUCUCACUGGAUCUAAAGACCAUCAUGUUAAAAUGUUUGAGGUGGCAGAAGGUGCUCAGGGCAGCAUCAGCUCCAGCCACACGUUUGAGCCCACUCAUCAGGAUGGCGUGGAGUCCUUAGCCAUGCACAGAGAUGUUUUCUACAGCGGCUCCAGGGACUAUUACAUCAAAAAGUGGGACUUAGCCAGUAAACAGCUGCUACAGCAGUCGGCCAGCGCUCAGGCAGACUGGGUUAGCGCUCUGGGCGUGGUGCCAGGCUCCCCGGUCCUGCUUAGCGGAUGCAGGGGAGGGCUCCUGCGCCUCUGGCAUGCCAACUCGCUAGCACCCCUCGGCGAGGUCCGGGGACACGACAGUCCCAUUAAUGGCCUGGCCACCAACAGCAGCCAACUAUUUACAGCCUCCGAUGACCGCACAGUGAAAAUUUGGGAAGCUAAAGGAUCUCUGGAGGAAGGAGUCCACUGACAUCUGCUUCCUGAUAAUCACGAAGCAGCCCUGCAUGCGAGCAAUGUCCACUGGCCUCCCACCAUUUAAAACAAGCCUGCAAACUGUGUAUUGGAGCCCAGGAGUCAAGGAAGUGAUUAUUUCAGGUCAACAUGGAGCUCCGAGGAUCACAGAGCAGCUGCAGUGAGCUGCACCUUUCAUAACUGUGACAGAAGAUAAUGAAAACCAAUUAUGGAUUUUAUGGAUCUGUCCUAAUUGAUCCAGGAGUCUUUCCUCUGUUUCAACAUUCCUCUCCUCAGUUCAGCGCAACACAACAUGGAUAUCCUCUAUGCUGACGAAUUUUCUGCACAGCUGCUGUUUCCUUGCACCAAUUGCAAUUGUUGCACUGCGACUGCUGGAAUAAGUGUUUGAAUCUUCUGUUCGCCAGCAGUAUCAUGUCCCAUGUUUCAGGUGUGUAUUUGUGUGUGUAUUCGCUGGAACCAAGGACAAAAUAACUACUGAAACUGCAUUUGGACGUGUUCUUUAGUAAUUACUGCCGAAUAAUAAACCCCUAGUGGGACAAAAAUGGACUCAAUAAUACAAACAUGUAACCCCAUGGUAAUUUAUACAUUCUUUUUCGAUCAGUGUUAACAAGUUUAGAUGGAAACAAAUACUCAUAUUAGCCACUUUUUCACUGGUCAAGAAACCCACUAACGCCUGGCUGUUGUCUGUAAUGGUAAUGGACACAAUCAGCAUUCACUCCCAGGUCAAAUGACUGGUGCGUUUGUGACAGCUGGCAGUAGGAAAGGAGUCAGUCAGGUUUUUAUUGUGGGUUUAUCUGCAUUUAAAAACCUGCAUACCUCCACUUGUUUUGGUGUAAAAGUUGAGUGAGACACUGCCAUGUAAGCAGCAUUUCCUAAUUAUCUUAGCCCAAAUAAGGUCAUACUCAGAAUGAGCAAUAAUCGGAUUAAGAUGAGUAUUCUGAAUUUAUACAUCUUGAUCGCAGUAAAACCUCAUAUUGGAGUUAUAACAUUACAUAUUUUGGCAGUUACCAGCUGCUUGAUGAAGUAUGUCCUGAGUUCAAAUUUAAACAAGAUUUAAAAAUGAAUUUUUGAAGAAGAGGAAAAGCUGAAGCUUCAUAGUAUAUGGUAGCAUAGUGCAUUGCACUUUUUUAGGCUGGGGUUUUAAAAUAAUGGCAGGAACGUUGGAUGCAUGAUGUAGUGGACAUAAUGUGAGUCAUAAUCAGACUCUGCUCUAUAACACAGUUGUAUGAAUGGAAUAAUCUAUUAGUAACUCAUGUAAACAUCAUAAUCAGAGUAAUGUCUAAUUCAGAAUAAGGUCAAUAAUCAGAUUAUUGGUGUCAAUGUAAAAGUAGUCACUGUGUUCCUCUGCUGACUCACAUCAUGUCUCUAUAAAAAUGUUUAUGGUUGAGCGAUAUUCCUACAUACUAACAAGCAGUGAGUACAAAAAAGACAUGUCUGUCUGAGCUUUUCAAGUAAAACCUCCAGAUAAGCCCUGCUUUUUAUCUGCAAAUUGUCUUAUCGUCAAAACGCAGACAGUCGCUGUUCAGUCCAGAUUAAAAUGGGUUUCCCCAGCUUGUGUACCUCAGAGCAAGGUAAACACUGUUUUCCUCUUUGUCAGCUGUGUGUUGUCAGCAGUCAGCUGGGUUUCUGCUCUCAGUAUUCUCUGGUUGACACACAGUUUUUGUACCUUUUUAAGUGUUUAAGUAGCUUUUACUUUCCCAGUGCUUUCCCGUCUGCUCGCUCCCCUCUGGAGUCUCGAAGCUGCGUCACCACCUCACAUUCUCUCACCCACUGGGUUUUGAUUUUUCAAAUAUGAAGAUUACCUGCUGAUUUUUUAUAUUCUCAAAACUGAAGUACAGCCAUGGCAGCAAGUGCUUUUAGUAAGAUGUUUGCUGGAGUCAUAUAUCACAUAGUUUGACAAGCAGCUGUUAAAAAUCUGAAUAAUGUGAAUUUAAAUCAUUUACAUUGUUUUAACCAAGCACCUUGUAACUCCUAAAAGUCAUGGAGUAUGAUAUCUGUAUUUUGUGAAAGCAUCUGUCCAUAAAAGGUGUGUGUUUGUGUUUGUGUGUGUGUGUCUGUGUGUGUAUUUCAAUCCAAAUGAUGUGAUAAGUUCUGUCCAUGUAUAGCAGCUCAAAACAUCUUUCAACUUGAGUGUAAAAAACAACAAUUACUAUUUAUUUAUUUUUCUUCAUUGAUUAUUGAUUUUUGCUUCUUGCUGUUGUGUCUUCCUCAUCAGUCAGAUAUCUCAUUCCUAUCCAAUGCCUCUGAUAUCAAAGCAUCGUAGACUGCACAGAAAUUAUGUGAUGGAUUUCUCCAUAUCAGAGGUGAAUUAUCCAGUGCCUGUUGUAAAUCCUAAAUUGUAGGACUGUAGAAAUGUGCGCCUCAUUAUCCUUCAUUAAAAUGUUCAGGUGACAAGUUGAUAAUUCCUUUGAAAUGUAUUUCUGGUCUUUUUGAUAUUGGAGGUAGACACUAUUGGCAAUGUUUAGGUCAAUGGGUCUAAAAUAUUUGCACUGAAAAAAUCUUUAAAAAUUUUAAAGAAAUUCCCCAUCUGACUCGGAACAUAGAUUACAUUAGAGUGAAAUAAACUAAAGUAAGUCCCAUUGACUGGCACUUUGCUACAGUAAUUAUCCCAGUGAGAACCAAUGGGUUACAACUAUUCUUAAUUCAUGAUGAAUAUUAAUGAUCCUUCGAAUUGCAGUUAUGUUUUAUUUUGUUUUACUUCUCUUGUGUGUAAAUACAAUUGUGUUGUUCUUUCCUGCUAAUUCUGUUUCAAGUGAUUAAAAUAUCAGCUGCAGUGUGAAAAUAGAUUUUAAAAUAAACCGGUUUUA